CAGACUGUAAUAUCUCAAUCUUUCACCUUCAAAACUCCCAAAUCUUCACUAUUUUCUUCUUCUUCUUCUUCUUCUUCUUCUUCUUCCCUUUGUUAUUCUGCAAUCACUCACCAUGGCCGUGGAUCCCAACCCCAAAAGUUUCCCCAUCCUCUCCUACGUCAUGGCCAGAAUUCCCUCUCUCAGCCCCCGACAGCCGGCCACCGAUUUCGACAUCGAACAACCUGCAUCUCCCGCCUCCCGCCACACUCCUUCCGAUCCUUCCUCAUCCUCCUCCCGAAUCGUCCAUGAUAUGCCCCAUCUCUCCGACCCUAAGGUUUUGGCUUCCAUGACCACCGCUAUAUCUGAUGUUGCUCAGACCCGAUCCGUCCUCAAAACCCUUGGGGAAAGACCAGACCAUGAGGCUGUCGAUACUGCCAAGGCUAAGCUCACUGAGGUUGAAGUUAAUUUGUCUGCCAAGCUUCAGGAAAUCGUGCUUUCGACUAGGCCGGCGGAUGUCGAGUUGCUUGAGUGGAGGGCGCAUCUUGCUGAGAAAGAGAACGAGUGCCGUCAGGCGGCGGAUAAAGAGAAGCAGGUCUAUAAGGCUAUUGUGCAACUGGAUGAGAUGCACGAGGCGUAUGAGAAGAUGUUGAAGGAAGCAGAGGAGAGGUUGGUGAAGAUUUACGAGUCGGCCGAGAGAGGGCUGCAGGACGAAGAACAGUUGGAUCCAGUAAGCGAAGAGGUCUAUGAGGAGGUUGCGAGUAUUCUUCAGGACGCGAAUGAGAACGAAAUCGAUCGAAUUAGUCUCUCCGGCCGACGCUUGCGGUUCUUGCCUGAAGGCUUUGGACGCAUUCGUGGACUGGUUGUGCUUGAUAUCUCCAGCAAUCAACUACAGAUUAUCCCCGAUUCAAUAUCUGGCUUAGAAAAUCUUGAGGAGCUGAAUGCCUCAUCCAAUCUCCUGGAGUCACUGCCCGACUCAAUUGGCUUAUUACAAAAGCUGAAACUCCUGAAUAUCUCUGGGAACAAGUUGCAUGCCCUUCCUGACACAAUAUGCCAUUGCAGGUCUUUGGUGGAGUUAGAUGUGAGCUUCAACAGUCUAACGUACUUGCCAACAAAUAUUGGCCAUGAGCUGGUGAAUUUGGAGAAGCUUGCUAUCCAGUUAAACAAGCUACGUUCACUUCCCUCUUCUGUUUGUGGUAUGAGCUCUUUGCGUUAUCUGGAUGCUCAUUUCAACGAGCUUCAUGGCCUUCCUCAAGCAAUUGGGAAACUGACACAACUUGAGUAUCUCAACCUAGGCAGUAAUUUUACUGACCUUACUGAACUUCCACAUACAUUUGGUGAUUUAUCCAGCCUUAGGGAACUUGAUCUCAGCAAUAACCAGAUUCACGCUCUACCUGAUACAUUUGGCCAUCUUGAGAAUUUAAAGAAACUAAACUUGGAGCAAAAUCCUCUUACAAUUCCACCAGUGGAAGUGGUAAACAAAGGACCGGAUGCUGUGAGGACAUUCAUGUCCAAGAGAUGGCUUGAAAUUCUGGAGGAGGAAGAUAGAAAAAGAAAUCUUGAAAUGGACGAACAGACGCAGACUGGAUGGCUGACGCGAAGCACCUCUUGGUUGAAGACUUACGUUUCUGGCGUUUCAGAGACCGUGUCUGGUAUCGUUGGAUCUCCCAGAUCUCCAAGAGACUCGUAUCUUGAUCAACAGCUAUAAUUUGAUGGAGGUCUUUCCCCAAUUUUUGCACUCUUCCCCCACUGAUUUUGGGUCUCCUUGACGAUAUGCCUCAAUCAGGUUCACUAGAUUCUUUAUAUAUAGUGUCGUGAGAACUUCAUAAAUAGACCACAAUUACAAGCAAAUUUUGUUGGAGUUUAAAGCCUGGAUGAGUUUGGUACAAUGCAUUUUUGCAGUGUUUCUAUUACUUACCAUGAAUUUCUCCCCAUACUGUACAUUUAUCCUUACUGUUCACUCGAAUAACCAUAUUUCCCCAUCCAGUUUGACCUGGAUAACUCUCGUUUAGCAGAUAAAUGAUGGUAAUAAUUUUCACUCCAAA